AAAAAACUAGUGAAACAUGGAAGUGAAGAAAGACGAGAACAGUUUCUUACAAAACAUGAAACACGAGAACAAACAGAAAACAAAAGAAGAAGAAGAAAACGAGAUUCUAAAGAAGAGAAUCUCAAGCCAUCCUCUAUAUGGGCUUCUUCUUCACUCGCAUCUCAGUUGUUUAAAGGUGUGUUCCGGCGACUUUGACUCACCGGAGAUAAUGAACACGGUGGAUGGUCUUGCCCUAACAAAACUUUCUCUCCACUCUGAUUCUCCACUCGAAGCUACCACUUCAGAACUUGAUCAAUUCAUGGAAGCUUACUGCUUGACUCUAAGGGAGUUGAAGGAAGCAAUGGAGAAGCCUCUUAUCGAAACCCACCGUUUUAUGGAUGCGGUGUACAAUCAGCUAAACGACAUUGUUCUCUCAUCAUCACCCCCCUAAAUAAGGGAGAAACCUGACAGCUAUAUUCGGUGCUAUUAAUUAUGUUAAACGCAUUUCGCCAAGUUUGUGAAAUUACUAGUUUACUCGUGUUUUAUUAUGCUUCGUUUAUGGAGCGCUUUCUAGAAUCAUGUAACGGCAAUCGUAAUUUGAGGAUUAAAAGUUC